AGCCUCUGUGUCACCUGAGCACGGGGGACCGUGCCCACUGGACCCUUCUUGCCGCACCUCUCCGGAGGUGAUGUGUGUGCGGCGGCCUGGCCCCCUGCAAACCAUUUAGAUGUCAGAGGAAGCACUUGGCGGGUCCCGACUUUGGGCACCCUUUUUGCGGAGGAGUGAUUGCCUGGUGUACUCGAGCUCCUUUCGUGAUCACCGGAGAAUAAGUGGCUCCGUCUGCCGGGUCGAAGAGCAGACCACCGUCUCCAGAUGCCCCUCAAUUCCAGCGCUCAGUUCCGCCCAGGCGUCGUUCAGCUGGGUUGUCCACGCUUGUGCCCCGUCCGCCGGCCGGUCAGCGUGUGUGGAUGUGCGCCCAAGGAAGUACACUCGGUGUUGGCCGCGCUCAGGCUUGCGGCAGGGGGCAGUGGCCCAGGACCCCUCCGGGUCCAAGCUUCCUGUCUGCAGAGCGGAGGCUGUUCCAGGGCCAGGCGGCCUCCUGGCUGCGAUUCCCUCGAGAACUGGGACCUCUCGCCGGCCCAGCGCAGUCGUCAGCGGGGCUGGCCCUCCUGCCCAGGGCGUGAAGCCGGGGAGCCCCGUCCUGCCUUUCUGCUCAGAUUCAGCAGUUUGGGGCCGUUCCCGAUCGUUCUUAAGAGAGAACCAGAUGUUUCUGUCAGUAACCCCGCUCUACCAGAAGUCGCUGCACGUGUGUGAACGGACGUGCCCAGCUGCACACGGGGCACGGGUCCUCACGGGAACACGCAGCACUGUGGGGUGAGCGUGGGCCCCAUGGAUGACUGAGCCCGCAGAUAGGACGAAGUGAGAGGUCGACAGCAGUGACUGGUAACGAAAUAGGACAGUCGUGACGACGUCCCGUCCCAGAAGGUACGUGAAUGCGGUCUCCGUCUCCAGGCGUCGUACUGUUGUCGUGCACGCGCCCUCGCUCCUUUGAGGAUGCCAGGUGGCAGAAUGCCCACGUGACGAGGUGGAGGGAGGCGGCUGGCGCCUUGUGAUGUGGCGCCAGGUGGCUGCUGACCUUGUGACCGCCCAUCAGGAGGAGGGUCAUCUGCCUGCUGACCACGCGGCGGGAUCCGUGGCCGGGGGGCUGGCAUCUGAUUCGUUCUCGUGCUGCGUCCUGUCCUCUGCGUCUGGGCCGACCCCCAGCGCAAGGCGCCCAGCCGCAUGUGCCCUCCUCAGAGAAACCACGGGUCACGUUUCGGUGCCAGUAUGUUCCACGCAGUACUUGGGGCAUACUUAACGCUGCAACAUGAUGUUUCUCUGAAGUGCGAACGUUGGCCGGUCCCCUGACGUGGCCGGGCGUCACCACGCUCAGCGUUUUUCCAGAUCGGACAGAUGAGCAACGUGGAUCUGGACGACGAGCUGCUCGACCCCGACUUGGAACCCCCUCACCCUUUCCCCAAGGAGAUCCCGCACAACGAGAAGCUCCUGUCCCUCAAGUACGAGAGCUUGGACUACGACAACAGCGAGAACCAGCUCUUCCUGGAGGAGGAGCGGCGGAUCAACCACACAGCCUUCCGAACGGUGGAGAUGAAGCGCUGGGUCAUCUGUGCCAUGAUCGGGAUUCUCACGGGCCUCGUGGCCUGCUUCAUCGACAUCGUGGUGGAGAACGUGGCUGGCCUGAAGUACAAGGUCGUCAAGGACAACAUCGACAAGUUCACGGAGCGGGGCGGGCUGUCCUUCUCCCUUCUGCUGUGGGCCACCCUCAAUUCCGCAUUCGUGCUCGUCGGCUCCGCCAUCGUCGCGUUUGUGGAGCCGGUCGCUGCCGGCAGCGGGAUCCCCCAGAUCAAGUGCUUCCUCAACGGGGUGAAGAUCCCGCAUGUGGUCCGGCUCAAGACCCUCGUGAUCAAAGUGUCUGGAGUGAUCCUGUCUGUGGUGGGCGGACUGGCAGUGGGAAAGGAGGGGCCGAUGAUUCACUCGGGCUCUGUGAUCGCCGCCGGGAUUUCCCAAGGGAGGUCAACGUCGCUGAAGCGAGAUUUCAAGAUCUUCGAGUACUUCCGCAGAGACACGGAGAAGCGGGACUUCGUCUCAGCGGGAGCUGCGGCCGGAGUGUCCGCUGCAUUUGGAGCCCCUGUGGGUGGGGUGCUGUUCAGCUUGGAGGAGGGCGCCUCCUUCUGGAACCAGUUCCUGACGUGGAGAAUAUUCUUUGCUUCCAUGAUUUCCACGUUCACCCUCAAUUUUGUCCUGAGCAUUUAUCAUGGAAACAUAUGGGACCUGUCGAGCCCAGGACUGAUCAACUUUGGAAGAUUUGACACAGAGACGAUGGUGUACACGAUCCACGAGAUCCCCAUCUUCAUCGCCAUGGGCGUGGUGGGUGGUAUUCUUGGGGCCGUGUUCAAUGCCUUGAAUUACUGGCUGACGAUGUUUCGAAUCAGGUACAUCCACCGGCCCUGCCUCCAGGUGAUUGAGGCCAUGCUGGUGGCUGCCGUCACGGCCACGGUCGCCUUCGUGCUGAUUUACUCAUCGCGGGACUGCCAGCCCCUGCAGGGGAGCUCCGUGUCCUAUCCCCUCCAGCUUUUCUGUGCGGACGGUGAGUACAACUCCAUGGCCGCGGCCUUCUUCAACACCCCCGAGAAGAGCGUGGUCAGCCUUUUCCACGACCCACCAGGCUCCUACAACCCCGUGACGCUAGGUCUCUUCACCCUGGUCUACUUCUUCUUGGCCUGCUGGACCUACGGGCUCACGGUGUCCGCUGGUGUCUUCAUCCCGUCCCUGCUCAUCGGGGCCGCCUGGGGCCGGCUCUUCGGGAUCUCCCUGUCCUACGUCACCGGGGCCGCGAUCUGGGCGGAUCCUGGCAAAUACGCCCUGAUGGGAGCGGCCGCCCAGCUGGGUGGGAUCGUGAGAAUGACGCUCAGCCUGACCGUCAUCAUGAUGGAGGCCACCAGCAACGUGACCUAUGGCUUCCCCAUCAUGCUGGUCCUGAUGACUGCCAAGAUCGUGGGGGACAUCUUCAUCGAGGGCCUGUACGACAUGCACAUCCAGCUGCAGAGCGUGCCCUUCCUGCACUGGGAGGCCCCCGUCACCUCACAUUCGCUCACCGCCAGGGAGGUGAUGAGCACGCCGGUCGUCUGCCUGCGGAGGAGGGAGAAGGUGGGCGUCAUCGUGGACGUUCUCAGCAACACGGCCUCCAAUCACAACGGGUUCCCUGUGGUGGAGCUGGCCGAUGACAGCCAGCCGGCCCGGCUUCAGGGCUUGAUCCUGCGCUCCCAGCUGAUCGUCCUCCUGAAGCACAAGGUGUUUGUGGAGCGCUCCAACAUGGGCCUGGUGCGGCGGCGGCUUCGGCUGAAGGACUUCCGGGACGCCUACCCACGCUUCCCCCCGAUCCAGUCCAUCCAUGUGUCCCAGGAUGAGCGGGAGUGCACCAUGGACCUCUCAGAGUUCAUGAACCCCUCCCCCUACACGGUGCCCCAGGAGGCGUCCCUCCCUCGGGUGUUCAAGCUGUUCCGGGCGCUGGGCCUCAGGCACCUGGUGGUGGUGGACAACUGCAACCAGGUGGUCGGACUGGUGACCAGGAAAGACCUAGCCAGGUACCGGCUCGGGAAAGGGGGCCUUGAAGAGCUCUCCCUGGCCCAGACGUGAGGCCUCAGCCCUUCUCUGGGGCCCCCCCGCUCCCUGGAGCAGCACUGGAUCCAGCAUCCCCUACUCCUCGGGACGUGUGUGUCUGUGUUUGUGCGCCUGUGAGACCGUGAGCGAGCGGCACCCCGUGGGUCCCAGUGGUGCCAGCCCGCAGGCAGGGCCCUCUGCUGCUUGUGUGCCGUCUGUCCCCCUGCGGGCCGGCCUGGAAGGACCACACUGACUGUGCGUCACCAGCUGGGGCCCGGGUGACGCACGGCUGCGGCAGAGAUCGUGGCCUUGUCCCUUUGGCUCAUUCUGUGGCCGUGAGGUGAUGGGCCUGGGCACUGGACCCUGCCUGGCAAAGGCUCCAGCUGGACACCUGGAGGCGGGGCCCUGGGGAGCGGCCUCUGCAGCCAGCUCUGUAGGGAGUUAGGCUCUUUUGCCAGACUCACCACACGGCCUCUCUGGGGUCUUGGCCAGAGAGAAAGCCGAAAACAUCGAUGGGGUGAACGCCUCCGUCACCCCGAGCUGUGGUCCAGACCAGACCCACAGCUGUCGCCAGAGUGCACGGCACUGAGAGAGCUGCUAUCUAAGCACGUGGGGGCUCCCACUGGCCUCUGAGGACCCUUGGUCCGGGGCCGUGUUCCAGGACAGCUCCAGUUCCAGUCCUGGGGCAGGUGGGCUCUGGGAUGGGCAGGUGGGCUCUGGGAUGGGCUGGUGAGCCCAGAGCAAGAAUGCUGUGCCUCUGUUAGGCUAGAUGGGCCUGGAUCCGGUGUCCUGUGUCCCCAGAGCCCUAGGAGACCUUUUCUGGAGGUGAUUCCCUGGCCUACUUCUGAGACUAGGUGAUGUGGGUGCCAUUGUAGCAGCUGGGGGUGGGGUGGGGGACGGUUCGCCUUGGUUCUGGCCCCUUAAAGGAGGUGGGUCCUCAAAACGCUGGUACCUUCUUGGUGGCAGCCCCCCUGGGGGACGCGGUGAGAGGAGCGGGGGCUUUGAAAGGGAGAAAUAAAGGAAUCGUACCCUCACACUUGCA